GUCACUCGCGCGCGGCACGCACUCGGUUGACGCUGAGUUUUCUCAGCGGAGCCAGACAACAACGGGCCGAGGAGGUGAAACGAGCUGGAACGCUGCUGAGGUAACAACUCCUUCAAGAUCCAACCUUUCUAACCAUGAACCAAAAAGACAGGCUUUAAACUCCAGACUCGUUGAAUUUGUAGCACGAUGGACAAUAUAAAUUUCCCCAUUUUGGACACGACCAACUGAACUCUUCUGGAGAAAAGGCAACAGGAAGAACACUGAACAACACAACUCUUAAAGAACAGAGAAGACUUUUGAUGAAUGAGUCAACGUACUAAGAGACGAUGAAUCGCUACACCACCCUGAGGCAGCUGGGCGAUGGCACUUAUGGUUGUGUGCUGAUGGGGCGAAGCAACGAGUCUGGAGAACUCGUGGCCAUCAAGAAGAUGAAGAGAAAGUUUUAUUCAUGGGAUGAAUGUAUAAACCUCAGAGAAGUGAAGUCACUGAAGAAGCUGAACCAUGCAAAUGUAGUGAAACUGAAGGAGGUUAUCAGGGAGAACGAUCACCUCUACUUUGUUUUCGAGUACAUGAAAGAGAACCUGUACCAGCUGAUGAAGGACAGAGAGAAUAAGAUGUUCACAGAGAAUGAAAUUAGGAACAUCAUAUUCCAAGUGCUGUCUGGGUUGGCUUUUGUACACAAGCAUGGUUUUUUCCAUCGAGACAUGAAGCCAGAGAAUCUGUUAUGCAUGGGUCCAGAACUGGUCAAAAUAGCAGAUUUUGGACUGGCCAGAGAGAUCCGCUCCAAACCUCCUUACACAGAUUAUGUAUCGACCAGAUGGUACAGAGCCCCUGAGGUCCUGCUCAGAUCAUCUAACUACACCUCUCCUAUUGACCUGUGGGCUGUGGGCUGCAUCAUGGCAGAACUCUACACACUCAGACCUCUUUUUCCUGGAAAUAGUGAAGUGGAUGAGAUCUUUAAGAUUUGCCAAGUCCUGGGCACAGUGAAAAAGACUGACUGGCCAGAGGGCUACCACCUAGCAUCUGCUAUGAAUUUCCGCUUCCCCCAAUGUGUGCCCACCCACCUGAAGACCCUUAUCCCAAAUGCCAGCAAUGAAGCUAUUACACUGAUGAAAGACCUCCUGCAGUGGGACCCCAAAAAAAGGCCCACAGCUGUACAGGCUCUGCGUUACCCUUAUUUCAAGGUAGGACAAGUCUUGGGGCCUCGACCUCAGAGCCAGGAGGUCAAAAAGGUCCAUGCAAGGCCUCUGGUUCAGAAACAACUCUCUGACGCAAAGACAGAACCUCUUCAGUCUUCCUCUGAGUCCAAAGCUUCCACAUCGUCCUCGAGAAAUCAGCAGCAGCCUCUUCAGCAGAACCCGCUGCCUGAYGUGGAUGGUAAAUCAGGAGGCCCUGGCCAUGCAAAGAUGGCAUCACAGGACAGUGAAAACGGAGGCAUCGGGAUAGGCUUCCUGAAGAGCGGCCGCCGCCGCUGGGGCCAGGCGGUCGCCAAGACGUCUGACAGCUGGGAGGAAUCGGACCAAUCAGAAACUGCUGCCUCCAACUCCAAGAAGCCCAGCCUGGGGAACACAGAGAACAGGAGCCCUAAAGAGCAUUGCCCACAGCCCAAGGAGCAAACACCUCUAUACUCAUUCAGCACAGUCACCAAAAUACCCAGCAAUGUUAAGGUUGGACAAAUGGAUCCCAGUCUUCCCGGAUCUGCGGCACGGCAGCACUAUCUCAGCCAGUCACGYUACCUGCCUGGGUUGAUUGGCAGGAAUCAAAUUGGAAAUAAUGAGUUUGGGGGAAUGACGCUGCGGGAACUGUGGGAGAACUCGUCAAACCCUGUAAAUAAACCCCUCGCUCCUAUUGGAGGAGGAUUAGCCCUCACCAGAGCCAACGCAGAUGAGAACGCCCCAAAAUCAGAGGGUAGCACGCCUGAGAAAAGUGUUGUCAAAGAACGAAUGCUGGAGAAAAUCGAUUUGUCUAAAGGAAACUUUGUCAACAUCAAGUACAACCUUUCCGACGGUUACAUCCCUUCUUUCCAAAAAAAGGAGAUCGGCACAGUGGGACAGAGAAUCCACCUGGCCCCUUUGUCCGGCCAGCACACAAUUACCCCUUCCCCCACUUCUUCCGAUAGUAAAAAAAUCAAGACAAAACCAACAAAACUCAAGCCUAUAUCCAACUCAACACUGAGUGAAACUAAUGAAGAUUACGAGGGCUGGAGACGGCGGACCAACAGGACUCAGGUGAAGGAGAGCAGUUAUUCAGCUUUGGGGAAAACCUCCGGGAACCUCCUGAGCAGAGCUCCGGCCGUGCAGCCYGUCCACGGCAGGGUGGACUGGUCGUCCAAGUACGGUGGAAACAGGUGAAUCAGGAAAUGGAGCAACUUCCUGUGUUGGCUUUAUGUCCGCAUCUUUUACUCAAGAAAUAAAAUUGGAGCCGUUUUGCCAUUUCAGUAAAAAUGUGUUUAUUAUCUUGAGAUUUGGUAAACUGCAAAUAUUUCUCAUAAUUGUUUGUUUUGGASAUGAAGUUUGCCAAGAUUAUCUCAAUGUAUUCUUGAGCAAUUCAGAGUGGGCCAAUUCUCCUUUUGGUGUUUGCAUAAUACAAGUAGAAUUUAUAUGUAGCAACUUGUUUUAUUUAUUUUUUUGUAAAGUAUUGUUUUACUUCCCAUAACAAAACAUGAACUCUGAUCUGUGGACUCACUGCUUUAUUCUUUCUACUUUAGGUGACAGAAUAUCAGUUCUAAAUGUAUAAAUAAAGGAGGAGUCUUUGUAUUAUACAUUACAAAUGAAACAUUUUGUAAUAAUUUUGUACUAAUAAAUACAUAAAAGUUCAAA